UUUUGGUUAAUUCGGUAUGUCGUAUUACCGUUUGUAUAGUGUAUAACUUAGUUUAAUAAUAUUUAAGUUUUAACUUGAAUUCCUGCAGCCAGUUUUAUUUUAUUUUAAUUGUUUCCAUUCUUAUUUUAUAAAAUUUUCUUGAUCACUACUGGAUCUAAUUUUUAGAACUUAAUAUGGAUUCUCCGUUUAAAACUCCAUCAAAGAGGUCCAUGUCUCAAAGAUUACCAUCCAGUGGUUCAUCUUCACCAUUUACGCCAAAAAGAAGUAGAAUUAAACGGAUAAGUAGUGAAGGAUAUGAUUCUGUUUCCCGGAUUUUGGCAUUUGAUGAAUCCACUAGCUGUUCGCCUACUAGACGGAAACUAGAUUUUUUAUCAUUUAGUCAAAAUUCAUUGCUACAUAAUGAAAAUGAACGUAUUCAAUGUGAACAGACUACGCCUGUUAAGAUUGAACAAUUAAAUUCUGAAAAACAAAAAAUUUUAUUAUCUCCAAGUAUUAAGGUUAAUCCUAAAAGAUUUAAUAUUUCUGAACAAGAUAAAAAUACUAUUAAAUCAUCUUCAAGUAAAAGAAGUGGUUCAAAUAACUCUACACCAUCCAAAAAAUCAAAACUAUUAAAUGUAAUUGCAGGCUGUAAAAAAAUAACUUCUUUUUUCAAACCUAUUCAAGAAAAACCAGAUUCUAUUAAAAAAGAUGUUGGUAAUUAUUUUUCCCCAGCUAAGCAUAAAAUCAAAGAAGAAAAUAUAGAUUCUACUAUUGAAAAUUGUAUUAAAUCUAAUAUACAAAUUGAUUCCCCAAAUAAAAAUGAUAAUAUUAAUAACAUUCAAGUUCAAACACCAAAAAUAUUUAGUGUUAGUUCAACCUAUACAAAUGAGCAAAAAACGAGUCCAAGAAGAAAAGUUAUGAAGAGUCCAGUUUCAAAUAAAACAAAAAUGAAAGAUGUUGCAGGACAAGUGACGCCAAGCAAAAUCGAAAGUAUAAAUAAUAGUCCUAUAACAAGUCCAAGAAUUUUGGAAUAUUUAGAUAACAAAGUUGAUAUUUCUGGUGGUGAUACAUACAGCAGGUUUAUUAAGUCAAUUGUUCUUAAAACUGAAAUCCUUUGUUUUGGUAAAGAAGACAUAAUGAAAAAAGUUAAAAGUGCUACUAAUGAUGAACUUAAAAUUUAUGGAAGAUUGAUAGCUAGAAAACAUGGAUGGAUUCGUGCAAAUGGACCUGAUGGACUUCAAAAGUAUAAAGAAUUAAAUCUAUGUGAUAAUUUUGAUAGUGUUUUAGAAUCUUUAGCUACCAAACAAUUAAUAAAUACAGAUGUUACUUCUUGUGAACUUAAUACCCUAUUAAAUAUUCUAAAAACCCAAGAACUUAGAGAAUUACAGAAGACAUUCAAUAUUAAAUUAAGUUCUAGCAAAAGCCAAACUAAACCUGAAAUGAUAAAAUCAUUUAUUAACCUUGUAAAAAAUCAAAGAACAUUUUGUGGAAAUUCAACCAGUAAUUUAAAAGAACGUGUCAAAAAUAUAAUAGGCUACUGUUUGAAACUAUCAGAUACAUCAAGAAAUGAUAUAAUGAGCUGCUUAAUCUAUGAAUCAUACCCUUAUUUCAGUGGAGAAGAAAAAGACAGAUUUCGUGAUUGUUUUACCAAAUUUUCUAUGGUUGAAAAAAAAUUACUAAAAUUUCCUACAUUUGAAGCAAAACGAGUUUCAAUUAAUUUCAGUUCAAAAGAUAGCUUUGAAAUGUACAAAAUUGCUUUGAAUCUUCGCCAUGAAGUUCAGUUACUUUUAGAGCAAAAAGAUCACGAAAAUGCAAUUUUAGUAUUGUGUAUUGUAUUUGAAAAUUUUAAGUCAGCUGUAUGUGAUGAAUCUAUUAUAGAAUCUCUAUCAAAUAUACCUACCUAUUUACGAAAAUACUCUGCAAUAUCUGUGUAUGCGCAUACAUUGUUCAAAAAUAUAACAAUAUUAAAAAAAUGUACCAGUAAUGUAAACUUGGCCAAAGAAGUGUUGGAGUUUUUAUUAAAACAUAAAGAAUUUUCAAUGUCAAAAAAAGCUCAUUUACAUAUUGAAUUAGCCAAAGUUUUUGAAUUACAAUACAAACAAUUAGAUCUUGCAGCAAACGUAAUACUUGAUGGCCUCAAGGAUGAUAAUAUAACUGAAUUAGAUCGUCAAAUUUUAUCAAAAAGAGCAGUGAUGUAUGCAAAUCGUAAAGGCAGGAAGUUGGAUAAUGAGUUAAAAAAUGAACUGUUGAGUGUUGCUUCAAAACCAGGAAAAGAACCACCUAGUACAACAAUAAGUGGAAAAAUAAUUUCUGUUAAAGAAAAAGGUUCAUCUGGUCGUAAGCAAGUUUAUUUAAAGAUGACUGAGAAUGGGGACUGUCAUUACAUGUCUGUUGAAGAACUAGCCUUAUUACACUAUAAAAGUCAAGGAUUUUUGAAUGGAUUGCAUGACGAGGGUCAGCUUAUAAAGUCAAUGUUCUUACUGUGUUUUUGGGAAAUAAUAUAUGGUAGUUACAUACCAUAUGUUCUUUUUAUUAGCCCGUAUCAAGACUGCCCUUUAGAUUGGAGAACUCGUCAUUUCUACAAAAUUAGAGAAGAACAAAUUAAAAACCGAAUGGCAGAAUUGAAAAAAAUGAAUGUUGAUCAAAUAUGUGAUAUUUUGAAAAAUUAUUGUGAUGAAUACUGUGAUACUCAAUCUGUCGUAAAUUGGAAAUAUAUGAAUGUUGACAACUUACCUCUGUGCCGGACGUUAUUAGAGUGUGUUGGAAUAGAAGUGUUCCUUGCAAUUGGCGAUCAAAUAUUGAAAGAUGGCCGAAUUUAUUUGCAUGGCAUGCCAGACCUUGUUGUUUGGGAUGUUUCUAAGCAUAAAUGCAUGUUUGUUGAAGUAAAAGGGCCAAAUGAUAAAUUAUCAGAAAAACAAUACUCUUGGCUACUUAAACUUAUGGAGUUUGGUGCUAAUGUUGAAGUCUGUCAUGUUGUUGAAAAUGGAGGAAAAAAUAAUAAUUUUCAAAAUAUAGACUGAAAUUUAACAAGGAAA